AUGGGCCUCGUGGGUCCCCCGGGUGCCGUGGGAAGCGCUGGGCUGUCGGCUUGCCGAGCCGGGCUGUACACACGGCUGGGACCGUGCGAGGGCUCGGCCACGCUCGGCAUGGGGCUCCGGCUCCCGCUGCGCCGCAGCACCAGCUUCACCCCCGACCACCCUGCCCUCAUGGAGGUGCCUGGCCCCGCUGCCCUGAAGAUGGAAGCAAACGUCCUUGUCAUGGGAGCAGACAACGUAGGGAAAUCAGCUCUGACCGUGCGUUUCCUGACCCGGCGCUUUAUUGGAGAGUACGGAGACAUGGAAUUCAUCUACAGCCACAACCUGACUGUGGAUGGCCGAGAGAUUCUCUUACACAUCUGGGACGUCCCCAAUUCCCAGGAGCAGGCAGAGGAUGGCUCCUCAGAGGAGAAGCGAAUCCAGUGGGCAGACAGCUUUGUCCUGGUCUACAGUAUCUGUGACCGUGCCAGCUUCAACAUCCUGCCCCUCAAAGUGCAGUUCAUCAAGGCUGCCAAGGAGGGGCAGAGCCAGGAGAAGGUGCCCAUUGUCAUUGUGGGCAACAAGCGGGACCUGCACCACCAGCGGGUGGUGUCCAGCGAGGAGGGCCGGCUCCUGGCCCUCUCUUUAGACUGCGGUUUCUAUGAGGUCUCUGCCGCUGAGGCUUAUCACGGGGCCCUCAUGGUCUUCCAUGGACUGGCCAAGCUCAUCCCAGACACCAAGCUGGCCAUGAAGAAGGGCACAGGGAUCCGGGGCAUCGUCAAGACCAUGUCGGCUGUGUUUGCCCGAAAGCGAACAGACUCCCUCUGAGUCCUGCACGGCUGUUGCUGCUCUCUGUGCUGCCCAGCUGGGCCAGGCCUCCUCGCUGGGUGCCCAUGGACAUGGUGUGUGGCUUUCCAUAAGUAUGACAGUUCCUUGCUGUCCUCCUCGUGUCAGGGUCUGCGUGUCCUGCCUCGCACAGCCAGUGCAGCUGAGGACUGUAGUGGGCUCCUCUUGGCUCUGCCAUGGGAUAGUCUCAUCUCUUUGCUCUACCAGCUCUUUAGGUGCCUCCUGCUUUCUCCUUCCAUCCUCCAACACUGGAAACCACCGGGGGGAUUUUGCCAAAGCUCCAGGCAGCAGCAUCCCUAGCUCCUGCAGCAGGAGCUGCCCAAGCGGUCAGCAAUUAGGGAGAACAUCCUGCUCUUGUACAGCACACGACUCUCUGUCUCUCCACUCCUACUCUGGGAUCCUUAUUCCUGUUUAACCCUCAUCAGGAUCCUCUUCAGUAACCCUGGAGCACCCAUGAGCUGGAGAGGUGGGGCUUUCUGCACUGGGGAGGCACUGGCAGUUCCCGCGUGUGUAUCAGAGCCCAGGGCACCGGCGAUCCUGGAGAAUUUGGUGAGGGCUGGUGCCUCCCAUCCCCCGUGCCGUGCUUUUGAACAGCCGUGCUCACAGCCCUCUCCCCCACAGCCUUUCAGCCAUCCCAGCCGUUUGUUUCUCUUGUGCGGGCGGGUGCUGUACAGGCUGUGCCUGGGAAAAGCCAAGCGCAGGGCUCGUUCCCAGGAUGGGAAUUGCACCACGAGCCUUCCCAAGCCACUCGUUCUGUAGGGCUGCCUGUCCCCAGGGAGGAAAGGAGCUGGGGAAAGGGGCUCGCUGACCCCUCUGCUGCUGGGAGGCUUUUCCCUGCCUCUCCCAAACCCUUC